UGCACACUCUCGAUGCACUUGUCAGAAAACGCCAUCAUCGAUGGAUGCGUCUACUACAGGCGCGGCGAAGCGCAAGCACAGACCGGGGCUACAGCGUGUCUCAAUUGCAUGCGAGCGCUGCCGAAGUCGCAAACACAAGUGCGACAGGAAGCUCCCAGAAUGCUCGACAUGUCUUGCUGCGGGCGCAGAAUGCGUUGUCCUGGACAGAACCACGCACCGACAAUAUCCUCGCGGUCACGUGGAGGACAUGGAAGCCCAGAUGUUAAGCCUCAGAACACGCUUAGAGGAGGUCGAGCAUGAGAAUACUACCUUGAAACAAGACCUGGAGUCAGCUCGCCGCCGCAAUGCACCAGGGGAAACACCGCGUGCACCAAGUCUGGAGAGCGGCACGCCCAAUGCCACUACCAAUACAUCAUCUGCUAGCCCAUUCGGAAGCUUGUUAGACGAAAUUAACCUUGUGCCCUCAGAUGUCACUUCAGGACAACGCUUUGUAGGCGAUUCUAGUGGCCUCUUCUUUGGCAAGAUCAUGCAAGCUGUGCUUCUGCAAGCAGACUACAAAGGCGAACAGGGGCCAGCAUCUGAUGCCCUACGACUGCGAGUCGCUGAUCGCACUGGAACUACUGCAUCGGAGACUAUCGUCUCUGUGCCACCAUUCGAGUAUCCGGACCUUGAUGUUGCCCACCGAUUGCAGAAUGCGUAUCAUACUUGUCGAUGGCCUGCAUUGCCGUUCUUACAUUGGCCUGCUUUCUUGAACAACCACUUUGGGCCAGUCAUGGCAUCUCCCAUGCAAGCCAGCGAUGUAUCUCGGUUCAUCACUCUCAUGGUCCUGUCGUUGGGAGCUAUUGAUCUCAAACGGCAAGACAAAAGCAUUGGUGAAAAGCACCUCGCUUACUUUCAGCAUGCUACUACGCACUAUCUGGAUGGGCUUUUGAAGGAUGACAGCGUCGAAACGGUGCAAGGCCUCCUCCUGGUAGCGCAGUUCGCUGUCAACGAGCAUCGCAGUGCGAAUGCAUGGCUCGUCAUUGGUCAAGCAAUACGAACGGCUGUUGAUCUGGGGCUCCAUCGUCUACAGCCUGCGACCUUCGAUCUGUACAAAUCGGAGAUGCGGAAGAGGGUGUUCUGGGCUGCUUAUGCGCUUGACCGCAACAUCUCGAUUACCUUGGGACGUCCUUGUGCCAUUCGGGACGAGGACAUCGACAUUCCACUUCCAUCAAACCUCACUGACGCCAGGCUCCUCACAGGCGACGACCUAUUCGAGGGUGCGUUCGCGCCCAAUCAUCCACUCGAUAUGUCGACUUUCAUUCACAUCAUCCAACUCCGCCAGCUACAAUCGAACAUCCAGUCUCUCUUCUACGCCGCUGAUACUACUUACACGCAGGCUGGAGGUACUCAGCUCCAUCAAGCAAAUAUUCGUGCACGGCUAGAGGAUUGGAUCUCAAGGUCACCGCGCUACACCCAGUCGACAAUGGCGACGUUCCAGUCUACGGAGUGGUUCCAAAUUGCCUACUCGCAUGCUCUGCUCCUGCUCUACCGUCCCUCGCCAGCCAGUCCCGUCGUCGACGCUGCCGCCCUUCAGACGUGCGCAGAUUCCGCUAUCGGCCUAAUCAGCUCAUACUCCACACUUUACGCCAAAAACAAGAUUACAUACACUUGGAUUGCUCUCCAUGGAUUGUUCAUGGCUAGUGUGACGAUGCUAUACACACUCAACGUUAGCCACGAUAUCAGGAGCAGUACGACCAAGACUGUUGUGAGAUCGAACAUUGCGUCAUGUCUGGCAUUGUUUCAAGUCAUGGCCAAACAUUGGCCACUGGCUAUACGCUGCCACGACAUCAUCGAGAGACUGGGCAACGCGACACUUGCGCUUUUUGAUGCGCCACCGCAGGAACUGCCCGCCGCAUCUGCCAGUGGCUUAAGCCAGCAGCACUUUGGGCAGAUCGAUACCGAAUUCAUGAAUUGGUUCGGUACUCGUGACGGUCAGUUGGAAUUUUCUUUCGAAGAUCUCCGGCAUGACUUGGAACAAGACGCCAUGGUGUCAGAUCACGCCCAUGCCAUUGACGACACGUCCAACCCAAUUGCAGGCGCAGCCUCCUUGCCACAAGACCUUGCCAACCUAUUUUCCGUGGGCUUCGAUACGACACUGCCAAUGAUGAUGACGGUUUUUGGAAACGAGUCUCGCGACCCUAUUGAAUGAGUCGUCAUCGAUGCUUUCCGCGCAUUCCCUGAUGCACGC